UGUGCUUCCUUACAAGGAACCGGGGAAGUAAAUCCGUCUCACAUGUAACCCAAGUGACCUCAGGUUUCAAUGCGUGCUCUUUGGUUCUAAGUCAUUGUGAAGCUGUAAACACCACCGAGGUAUUUUAUAAUAUAACGUUUAUAGCUAAAAGCGACUAGCGUCGUAUUUUAAAUGGCUACGAUCCAGGAGCUCUCUCCAGAGUCUGGGCGUGUGGAGACACGACCCGAAGACGAGAUUGAGGGUGAUGAUGAGGAUGAAGAGUUGGAUGAAACACUGUUGGAGAGGUUGUGGGGUCUCACAGAGAUGUUUCCAGAUUCACUGCGAUCAGCAGCUGAAGUAUCCGCACAGUGUUCGCUAUCUGUAGCCAAAAAACUGUACAGUUUUUCCCGCUCAGCUCUAUGGGUUGGUACUACUUCCUUUAUGAUUCUGGUUCUGCCGGUUGUCUUUGAGACUGAGAGGUUACAGCUGGAACAGCAACAACUACAACAGCAGAGACAGAUUUUGUUGGGUCCAAAUGCUGGCAUGUCUGGAGGAAUGCCUGGAAUGAUGCCUCCUGCUCCUGGGAAGCUGUGAUGAUGUAUAUAAUGUAACAUCCAUUAGCUGUAGAAGAAGAAGGGGAAAGAGAGAGGGAGCGGGAACAGGAGAAUGAUGUGACAAGAUGCUAUGGUUGGUCAACAUCAAGAAGUCGUUACCCUGUAUAGUUUCUGUGUAGUCAUCAGUGGAGACCUUGAUGACUUUUUAUGAACUUCCCUCUCUCUCUGCCUUUCUACCAGAAACAUUCUGCAUAGACUGUCGUCCAAGCUCUGAUCUUUUACUUUUUUAUUAUAGCUAUUCAAUUAACAUUUCUUUCAGAAAGAAACUAUAGCAGCUGUUGGGGAAUAUUUUGACUGUGUUGUGGGUGCAUUGUAUUUUUAAGAGAGGUGCAAUGUUGGCCAUUGUAAUGCCGGAUCAACAAAAUCUGUAGUAUUUAUGAGGGCACACAAGGCCAAUAUUGAUUGUGAAAUUUUCUCUGUCUACAAAUUAUGGUUAUUUCUGAUUAAAAUUAAAAAAGUGGUUCUCUACCAACAGUGUCUUUUACAGGUAGAACUAAUAUCAUGCAAAGCUUCUGCAAUGUUAUUCCUCAGACAAAAGCCAUACAGUUUGCAGAACCAUUGUGAAAUGUUUAAGAAAGAAUGUUUCAAAACAUUGUACUUUCAAAAGUGAAUAAUUAUGUUUGCUCCACCUGACCGGAAUAAAAACAGGUCCUCCUC